AUGCUUGCAAUGGCAGCCAGCGCUGAGGAGACCAACCGUCAAUCCAACGCGGGUCGCAGAUCCGUGAUCUCGCCAAGCGAGGCACCACCGGAGGCUGAACAAUCCGAUGUUUACCAGGCACCGCCUCCUGGGCUGAAGGAAUGGCUCUUCAUUCUCAUUUUAUGCUCAACGCAGCUUUUCGUUCAAGGCGCCUUCGGAUACAUCCUCAUUCCCUUGCAUAUCGUGGGGCAAACCUUCGGUCAGGGCCCGUCCGAGGCCACCCGGAUGACCUGGCAUGUGGGCGGUUAUAGCUUGACGGUGGGCACAUUUAUCCUGAUUGCGGGAAAGCUCGGCGAUCUGUACGGCUCCAAGCGCAUCCUUGUCCUGGGAUGGGCAUGGUUCGGCGUUUGGUCCGUCAUUGGUGGCUGCAGUGCCUUCACACACUCACCGGUGUUCUUUGACACUGCUCGAGCACUCCAGGGCAUUGGGCCAGCAUUGCUUCUCCCCAAUGCGCUCGCAAUUGCGGGGCGAACUUACCCACCUGGCAAGAAGAAGAACAUGAUCUUCUCGGCAUUUGCCGUGGCCGCGCCGCUGGGAUGCUUUACCGCGGGGGUCGUCGGUUCGGUCUUCGCACAGUACGUCUGGUGGCCCUGGGUGAUGUGGACGUACAGCAUCGGAUGCUUCAUCAUCGCUGCCGUCGGCCUUUGGGUGAUCCCAUCCGACUACCCGCGCUGCCAAAAGGCCGCGACACUCCAGUUCGACUAUAUCGGGUCAGUCCUGGGCGUUGCAGGCUUGCUCUUGCUCAAUAUCUCAUGGAACCAAGCACCAAUCGAUGGCUGGUCCACGCCUUAUGUUUAUGUCUUAUUGAUUGGUGGAUUCCUUGUUCUGGGUCUCUUUGAGCUGCAGGAACGGCGCGCGCCGGGGAUCCGAUCCUGGAUCAAUUUCGCCAUGUGUCUCCUUUGGAUUCAGCAGUGCAGUUCGCGCCAGGGGCCAUCUCAGGGAAUUCUGCCUGCCCUUGCCACACCCUAUCUGAUGGCGGUCAUCACUAGCGGCUGGCUGAUGGCAAUCGCUUGUGCUGCGUUUCUGGGUGGAUGCAUCCUGCAAAGUACGGCACCAGUAGAGCAGUCCUACUGGAUGAAUACGUUCUGGUCGUUUGUUAUCAUGGCCUGGGGGAUGGAUAUCUCCUUCCCUGCGUCCACUACUAUCUUGAGUGAUGCAGUGCCCGUCAAGCACCAAGGAGCCUCGGCAUCACUAGUCAACACCGUCAUCAACUACUCCAUCGCCAUCGGUCUAGGCAUCGCGGGGACGGUCGAGGCGGAAGUAAGUCAUCAGGGCGUGAACCAGUUAAGGGGGUACCGGGCUGCCCUGUGGUCGUCUGUGGGACUGGCUGCACUUGCAUUUGGUAUCGCUUUGGUGUUUGCGGUCUGCACAUUCCAGGAGCAACGAAGUUCCAGAAAGAGCAGCCAGGAACGCGAACAGAGAGCUUGUAUAGAGGGCUGUAUUCUAGGUCUGACUCUGACUCCAGAUAGAGAAUGGGAAAGAGUAGAAUUGGGUAGGCUCCUGUCCCAUGUUUCCCAGACAGGCGGUUUGCGGAGUCAAUCCGUUUGA